UCACUCAGCCAAAUAUUUCGCGGAGUUGCUUAGUUCCACGUCAAACAAACUUACUUACUUUAUUUUAUUUUCCCGAAUUUCAUUUGUACUAUGCAUUGGCCGGCAUUCUUGUGUGCAAGCAGCCAGCGAGACGGCGACGGACAGCGAAGGCGUGUCAUUCGCGCGAAACGAUCGUCUGCGAUGGCAGUAGUAGAGAGGCUGCCAUUGAGGCAAGUCUGGUCACAACAGCACAUGGUGUAGUUGGGGGGAAGCGAGACUAUCGACCCGACCAAGCCGCGCACACACACACUAUCACUCCCUGUGCAGCAUAUCUUUUAUUCUGUGUUUGUGAGUGGCUGCGUCUACUGAUCGUGCAGGUCGAGGGUUUGAUUUCGCGUAGCGGUUACGUCAAACCUGCUGUUGCUUGAUGUGUUAAGUGUGAAACAAGGAAAAAAAAAAAAAAAGAAAAGAAAAAAGCAACAGCUAGAUAGGGUCAGCGGAUAGAGUGAUGCUCUAUGUCAUUCACUGAUCGUUAGCCGUUAUUGUGCCAGCCUGUCUGGUUGGGACACCCGCAAAAGAAAAAAAAAACAAAAAACGUUCAAUUCGGAGGCGGGGCUGUCCUACAAUUUGGUGCUUUUUGUGUCAUGUUCCGGACGAACCGCAGCACAGUUUUGCUUUCCUCCACCUGGUCCAAUAGUGCGCUAGAGUUCGCCGUCGAUAUGGCCACAGAGCCAGAUCAACAAGAAGAAACAAUCGUUAUUGGUGGCGCCUGCUUUCGACGCCGGAACCCAAGACCGUAGCCAUCAUAAGCUGCUGGCCAGUUUGCCUUCCUGUUUUUUGUCUUUUUGCUGUCGCCGCAAUGCAGGCUUUUAUUAUGGUCGGCGGGUCUCUGCCCAAAUUGGCAAGUCACGAUGACGACGACGGGCUUAACCCGAACGGGCAAUACCCAGGGGUGGGCACCUUUGAGCCCAUUCCACAUGACCACGAUUUCUGUGAGCGGGUCGUCAUUAACGUGAGUGGACUACGAUUCGAAACCCAACUACGUACACUAAACCAGUUUCCUGAGACGCUUUUGGGUGAUCCAGCCCGACGGAUUCGUUAUUUCGAUCCACUAAGGAACGAGUACUUUUUCGAUCGCAAUCGGCCUUGUUUUGAUGCCAUCCUGUACUAUUAUCAGAGUGGCGGCAGAUUACGGAGGCCUGUCAAUGUUCCACUAGAUGUUUUUUCUGAAGAGAUCAAGUUCUACGAACUUGGCGAAACGGCCAUAAGCAAAUUCAGGGAGGACGAGGGCUUCAUUAAAGAGGAAGAAAGACCGCUACCUGAAAUUGAGUGGAAGAGGAAAGUGUGGUUACUUUUCGAGUAUCCGGAAAGUUCACAAGCAGCUCGCGUGGUAGCCAUCAUCUCAGUAGUGGUCAUUCUCCUUUCGAUCGUCAUAUUUUGCCUUGAAACGUUGCCGGAGUUCAGACAUUAUAAACUUUUCAACGGCACUGACAAUCUGACGAGAAUUGAGGAGGACGAAGUGCCCGACUUUACAGACCCAUUUUUUCUCAUCGAAACAAUCUGCAUAGUGUGGUUUACUUUCGAGAUCAUCGUACGCAUCAUAUGUUGUCCAAACCAACGAAACUUUUUUAAAGAUAUGAUGAAUGUCAUCGACAUUAUGGCCAUCAUUCCUUACUUCAUAACGUUGGCCACUGUCCUGGCAGAAGAGGAGGACAUCGACGACGGAAUCCACCGAGGACCACCACAAGAGCGGAACAGCAAUCAGGCCAUGUCUUUGGCCAUCCUUCGAGUCAUUCGACUUGUUCGAGUGUUUCGAAUAUUCAAACUCUCUCGCCACUCCAAGGGACUCCAGAUUCUAGGUCGCACGCUCAAGGCCUCCAUGAGGGAACUAGGACUUUUGAUUUUUUUCUUGUUUAUCGGCGUAAUAUUAUUUUCAAGUGCCGUCUAUUUUGCCGAGGCUGGCUCGGAGGUAUCCCACUUCAAAUCCAUCCCGGAUGCUUUCUGGUGGGCCGUAGUCACGAUGACCACCGUCGGCUAUGGUGACAUGACGCCAGUGGGAGUAUGGGGGAAAAUCGUGGGCUCACUUUGCGCAAUUGCUGGUGUACUUACUAUUGCCCUUCCCGUACCUGUCAUCGUCUCCAACUUCAAUUACUUUUACCAUCGAGAAACCGAUCAAGAGGAAAUGCAGUCGCAAAAUUUCAAUCACGUCACAAGCUGUCCUUACCUUCCUGGCACUUUAGGUCAUGCACGCAACAAGCGAGAUUCAUUGUCAGAUUCUGGUGGUUCUGAUAUUAUGGACUUGGAAGAAGGCAUGCUUCUAGAGACGCCACUGACCAAGAAACAAAACUGCAGCACCCGCUAUAAUAACAACAUCAGUAACACAAAUGUUUUCACCGUCGAGACGGAUGUUUGAUUAUUGCAAAAUCUGAUGACACACCAGCCUCGUUGUCUCGCGUAACUCUCUCUCGCGACGAGUUAGCUAACUCCAUCGCCGUUGUAUGGCGAAACUAAAUCCGUAGUUGUGCAUCUGUAGUCUUCCGAUCCUACAAGCGUGAAACAUUACAACCAGACAUAAUCACGAAAAAUCCUGCAAUUCAUAAUACCACAAGUAACUAGAAAACAAAAUUUAGAAAGAAAUGCGUCAACAACUCCCAUCAAUAGCUAAACUACACGCCUUCAAUACUUGCGCCAAGCUACAGUGCUAAUCAUAGUACGCUCCUUGAAAACGAGAUUAUCGGUUUUACCCCCGUGUAUAGGAUUCAGACAGAUACGGCCAUCCUUCAAAUAAAAUAUGGUUAGUUAAUACCGGUAUUUCACUGGACGUCAUGGAAGCGAUGGUUGUGUCAAACGUCUGGGUAUGCGCAUAACAAAGAAAAUCUCUAAAUGCAAUUCUUCUCACGUCAAUUUUGCCUACACCCUCCUGUUCUUUUCUUUUCUUAUUCGAAAAGACCCAUGCUAUUCUAGCACCCCUUCAGUUUACUAAUAUUCAUUCUCAUGGAAUUUUUUUGUGUUUUAGUUAUGUUUAUCCUCUUGAGGCAAAUACCAGUCAUGGUAUAUCAUAAGAAAAUUUAAACCCGACACCCCUGUAGUUUAUUGUUACACAAUUACUCUUCUGAUAGAACUCUUUCAUUUGAAAAAAGCUAACGUAGAACUCCUUAAAUCAUUUUUCUUUUGCUUAUUUCUUCGGCCUUUCACGUGUUUGGCGCACAUCUACAGUUGAUGUUCUCAAAUAAGGAAAAAAAAAGGGAGAAAAAAAAUCACGGCAGCGACAAAACUGAUAAAUCAUAGUUUUCAAGUUACGUUUGGCUUAAGUAUCGGGCAAAGUCAUUGAACAUGCUCCUUUUCCCCAAACGUUACAUCCCCAGCAUUUUCCAAGUCUGUCGGUUAUUUUGGAGUACUGUCAAAUCAGUACGAAUACCGUCCAUCACUUGAUAACGAAAAAAAAUUACCAGGAUUUCCAGUUGAAAUCUCGAAAUAUUUCACCUGGUACGAUGCGGUGGUGAACAGUAAAAGAUUUGGCUGUAUGUGUUCUUAAUGCGCAGGAGAUCUCCUAAAUCGACCUCAGAAUGGCUUUACAGCAUGCACGGAUUGUCGGUCACACGUAAAACGAAACUGAUUAUGGAACAGGGUAUACCCAAAAAGAAGUGAAUUUGCGGUCACGUAAAAUCUUGGCAUUUCGUAAUCACUCGCAAAAUGUAAAUGUUUCAAAAAAAUUUUGAGGUAUACUGUAUUUCCAGUGCCUUAUAUCUUGAUGCUUGGUCCUAGACUCAAAUAAGGAAAACCAACCAAAAUUCUAAAAAAAAAAUGGGAAAGAAAAGAAAUCGAAUGACAAGAAGACCAUCAAACAAGACUUUCUUAUAGUGAUAGACUGUUAUUUUGGGGAGAGCCCUUGUAAAGUUAUUGUUACCGCCGUUAAGGUUGCUAGACUACGAUUGCAUGCUUAAUCUUUCGUAAUUAUUGACAAGCUUCAAAAUUUUGAAUUGUGAAUAAAGCAAUCAAUGUACAUAGGAAAUACGGAAAGUUACACGUUUCGUCUGAUCGUCCCACAUUUGCGGGCGUGUUUAUACAGAUUAAGCCUGUUCAUCUCAACCCAGCAACAAUUGUACGAAAUAUUUUUACAAUACGAUCUGUCCUUUUUUUUUUCUCCUAGUGCUGAUGUUAGUUAGCAAUACUCAACUAGCUACAUCUCUUAUUCUAAAAAAAAAUAAAAUUCUUACUCACUUUUGCACUGAUCGUCUGUAGGUAUACAAACAGUACAUCUCUAUAACCGUUCUUUCUUCUUCUAUCUAGUUAACUAAAACCUCCCUCUCGUUUUUCAAAGUCUCUAUUCCUCGCCUCUAUUUCUCUUUCACACUUUCUCUGUAUCUUUCUCUCUCUUCUUCAAGCAAUAAUUCUCUCUCGAUAUUUUGGUAUAAGUCUGUAUCUGUCCGUUAUUCUUUACAUCUGCAGCAAUAUUGAUGUUUCAAAUCAGACUCGUUCGAAAAGAACGACAAUUAUGCUUGGGCGCUAGCUAUCCUUCUAUCCAUAUCAAUCAUCGUAUUUUGACAGUAAGAUCAUUUCAUCCUACUGUAUCCCUCUUAUCUUCGUACCAUCUGUCAUGCGCCAACCAAUUUUCUGUUUGAGAUCUUGAUAUUAGAAUUUUUAAUUAAGAAGGUUAAAUAAAUUCUUACAGUGAUCGCGGUCAAAUGCACGAGAACUCACAAAUUUAUCACUGAAAUUGAAUCCGUUUGAAUUUGUUGCCAACAACUCUGUUUCUUCCCUGCUCCAAUUUUUCAUUUGCCUAUUCUAUUUAAAGACCUUUCGUCUUUUAUCAGUGAUUAUUUUUUAAGUUAUUUCUCUUAUUACUUCUAUGCUAAUGUAGCUUUUUUUAAACAACUAAAUUCGGCAGUAUGAAUGACGAAAGAAAAUGAUUGGUCCAAGAAUAAUCUUGACAUAUCAUUUCCCUGAUGUUAGUGGCGAGUCUGAGAGGAAGCGGCAAAACGUAGUAGCAACAUCCGAAUCAAAUUGGGACGAGUCGAUCAACGAGGGACCGUAGAUUGACACUUUUCUUUUUUUUUUCCCCUUUGUUUUUUUCUAAUGAAACGGAACGCUAAUUAUAGAUUUAUUUGCUAUUUUGGUUUUGCAAUUAUCGUCUACAACCCAUGGAAGCAUCCCAAACAUUUCCCUCCCAGUUUUCCCUUAUUCUUAUGUCGAAGAUGCCGCUGGUAGACCUUACUUUCAGUUGCCCUCUCUUGCGUGUAGUACCAUAUCGACGACUUGGUGAACUUUGUGUUGUAUCUCCUCCGUUCCCAGCCCCAGGUUUUAACUCAAAAAAUGCUCAUCUUCAAGGUUCUACGUGUU